GACUCAUGAUAAAACUAACUAAAUGUUGUAGAACAUCGCGCUAGAAAGGUAGAGUUAAAGCAAUGUUAACUCAAAAAUGAUAAAAGUAGUGGUUUAUAAUAUGGAUGAAUUUCUGAGAGAAGCGAAAGGCGCCUGUAUAGAAAACGUAAUAACAGUGAACCCAGACUAAAAAAAUCUACGAUGAUAGUGUCGCAUGAUCGGUUUACAGUUCCUCAAAACAUUGCCUGAAAGUGACUUCUGUCGAUUUGGUCAAUUUAGUUUUCUUUCCGCUUUCUUAUUCGCUUGGAUCGCACAGAUUACGGCUCGUAACAUUAUCGGAAAAAGCUCCAUGUUGUAGACUAAGUUAUCUUCGCAGCCAGUGGCCUAAUUUACGACAAUAGCGCGAACAGGAGUUGCUACCAGAAAGCUUCACCUCGUUCACACUGUGAUAAAUAAUAUAUAUGAGUGAUUAAUUAUUCUACUGGGCGCUGCCAUCUUGGAGUCUCUGUCAUUUUGGCGGAAUGAUUUGCACUUGACGGAUGUCUAGUUUAUACCGAGUUAUAGGUUAUGUCUCGUGUUCCGUUUCGCCGACCGCUUAUUCGAAAGCUGGCCUCGACUCCAGCUAACGAUGGAGAGCCGUUGAAGAACCCCGAGGACAUCAGCGCCGCAGUGAUUCAAUUGGCGCGAAAAAGUGGCCAGCUUAACCUCCAAGGCCGGGGCUUAACUGAAAUUUCACCGAUGAUCUGUAAUUUAAAUUUCCUAACAGAACAAGAGAUCCGGGCAAUCGAUGUAAGUCUGGAACGAAGUGCCACCGAGGCAUGGUGGGAUCAGCAGCCGUUGUCUAAACUUUUUCUUGCGUCCAAUCAAUUAAUAACACUUCCUGCGGAGAUUGGCCAACUGGAGCACCUCACUGUCCUUGAACUACAGGAUAAUGUAAUCAUGACCCUACCCAAACAAAUGGAAGCGCUUUCAAAUCUUGUAAGACUCAAUUUGAGUCGGAACAAAAUGACUGAACUGCCGGAUUGUAUUUGCCAUUUCAAGGACCUCAAAGUUCUUCAACUUCAACACAACUCAAUCGUAUCAGUCAGCGACAACGUAAAUGGUCUUAUCUCUCUUGACGAGCUCGACCUUAGCCAUAACAAACUUAAAGGCUUACCGGAGUCGUUCACGUUUCUAUCAAAAACUAAACGAAUAGACUUGUCUAACAACAAAAUUGAAAGCCUUCCACCUGAUAUGGAUUCUCUUAUUCAGUUACGCUGUCUGGAUGUAUCGAAUAAUAUGCUUACCGAGUUACCUGAAGGCUUGGGUCGUUGUAGUCAUUUAGAACAGCUGAUCAUUCGUCAGAAUAAGUUGACUUCUUUACCACAAUUUGUGCGCGAAAAUCAUCUCAAGGAGCUCAGCGCGAGCUUCAACGCCAUUGAGGAGUUCACGCCCGAGCACUGUGAAACGUUCGUCGUACUCAAGAUUUUAGAUUUACGAGGGAACAAGUUGCAAUCCGUUCCUGAGGCGAUCACUAACAUUCAAGGCCUCGAACGACUUGACCUCAGCAACAAUGACUUGAGGAGUUUGCCGUACUCCAUCGGCGCUCUCAAUCAUAUGAACUCCUUACUUGUAGAGGGUAACCCGCUACGAUCCAUCAGGCAAGAUAUCCUUCGGCGUGGUACCGUUCAUCUUAUGAAGUACCUUCGUGACCGCCUCCAGGAGACUCCAAUGCAAGACAAGCUCCGGGCAUCUCUCGGUGGGGAUGGCGAAGACCUAUUAGACUCAGUUGAUCGCUUCACACUCAAAUCGUCACGCACACUGGACUUUUCAAAUAAGGGUUUGAACAGCCUAGAUGACAAGGUGGUAGACCUAGCUUGUGAAGACAAGGUCAAUCAGCUUGUCAUGAGCAAGAAUAGUUUUCUUGUCGUUCCCGAUACCCUUGAAAGACUAGUUGAUCAGCUGUUGGAAGUGGACUUCAGCUUUAACAAACUUACAAAGGUGCCUGAGUUUUUAGGAAAAGCGCAAUAUCUCCAAUACCUAAAUUUGCAGAGCAAUCAACUCCAAGAUCUUCCAGCUGAACUGGGCUCACUGAAGCUUAUUCGUGAACUUAAUAUCAGCCAGAACCGCUUUUCUAAGUUACCUGAUUGCAUCUACAGCUGGAAUCAAUUCGAGGUAUUGAUUGCAUCGGAAAACCUGAUUGGAACAAUUGAUGUCCACAAACUUUCACAGCUCGAACAACUGACAACACUCGAUUUACGCAAUAACUCUAUUGCGCUGAUACCACCGGAACUUGGCAAUCUACGUCAAUUAAAAAGUUUGCAAUUAGAAGGUAAUUUGUUUAGAAAUCCUAGGCCAGCAGUAUUAGCUAAGGGAACACAGCACCUCUUAGCGUACUUACGAGAUAGGAUUCCCUGUUGAUAUUUAACUCCUGAACGGAGUGGGAAUAAGGUUGAGGAGCUUCAAUGCACUCCGCAUAAUCAUUAGCAUUUAUCAUCUCAUCAGAGCGACGUCUCUCGACUUCAAGACAGACUUUACGUGGUUAUUACUUCAUAGGAAUUAUUUUUAUAAAGCCCAAAAAUAUUUGCGCUGUUGUUUCCUUUGCAUACAUCAUUCAUACCAGAUAUAUUGCUAUUAUGUCUAUGACAUUAAAUGACAAAUGAUAUUUCUUCUGAUAGUCUGGCAGUGCUGUUUGAAACGGCAUAGAAUACUUGAAAUAUAUCGUGCACCUUUCUAAGAAGUUGGUCUGUGAGAAGCUUAAACUAGACGUUUAGUACGUACAUACAGACAAAGACUAUUGGAGCGUGGUGCACCCAACAUCACAUUGCAAAAUGACAAAAAUACGUAUUGCACUUGUUUUUAUCAGAGGUCCUUAUCGCACGUAGAAAAUUUUAAAGCAACUAGUCCAAAAAUACAUUUGUAGAAUACGUUGAUAAUUAGCACAAAAUACGUCGUACGUACAUAAACCUAAUAUGCGUUUAUCUAACAUUGCAUUGAAUGACUAGCAAAUUGUCUAUUUCACGCUAUGUCUUUGUUUAAGUAUUAGAAACUUAUAAUUAUGGUCAGCUUGGAAUUCUUAACUAAUCAUAGAACUUUCGCAAUUAGAUUAUCUUUAAUAGUUACUCGCCAAAAAAUGACAAUUGUUUUUACUAAUUUAUCAAGUUGUUACCGGAGCUAACUUUAUACUUUGGUAUUAUAUGUGGCAUUAAUAUUAUUACUAUUAUUAUUACAUAUUACACAUGCAGAUGUGUAGUUUGAAGUGCCGUAAGUACAGUAUAGUGAGGUGAUAACAUGUUUGCUUAUGUAACUUAGGGGCCCGUGGUGGUCUAGGUUCGAAGCCGGGCAUAGCCAUAUUUUGUUUUGUGCUGGAUGCCGGUCGUUUGAAGCGUCGUCAAAUGGCUUACGUAUAAGAAAAGAACCUCGAAACAUUUAAUCUGACUGGCGAAAGUACGGCAGUGUACUUCCGUAGAAAAUACGCAAGAAGAAAUCCACAACUUAGUAGAACGUCUACGUCUACUACAUAGAAAAAGCACGAUGAAGUAUAGACUGAUGAUCUAGUCUAUUCCUUUGUUAAGUAUUGUACUGUGGCUGAGGCCAUGGCGCUAUUUAGGAAAGUACUUUCGUUGAAAUAAACUUGACUAGCGUUUAUGUGUUGCUGAAAGGAUUAA